ACGUCACUGCAUAUCGAUGGUAAAAUUUGUUUACUUAGGCAUACAUGGUACAAUAUGGUUACAUGAAUCCGACAGCGGAUGGAAGGAAGCACAACGAUGAAGAAAUGCGCAAUGGUCUGAUGUCAUUUCAGCGCUUUAACGGAAUGAACGACACGGGAUCUAUGGACAAUGCAACUAUGCAUAAGAUGCACACGCCUAGAUGUGGUGUAAAAGAUAUUCUGUAUACUCCAUCUAGCGUGCGUGCUAGGCGAUACGCAUUCGCCGGAAGUAGGUGGCCAAGUACAUCGCUCACUUAUAGGUAUAUAAAUUAUUCGCCCGAUUUGACGGAAGCACAGACAAGACAGGCUAUUGAGGCCGCUUUCAAAGUAUGGAGUGACGUCACACCUUUAAUUUUUACUGAAGAGAAAGGGUCCAGUGUUCCUGAUAUCUACAUACUUUUUCAACCUGGUGAACAUGGGGACGGUAACGCAUUUGACGGCCCAAGUGGUACACUUGCGCAUGCGUAUUUUCCGGCACCUGGUAUUGGUGGCGAUGCUCACUUUGAUGAAAGCGAAUUUUUUACUAUUAAUGGAGAGCGAGGGAUUGAUUUAUUCCAGGUAGCAGCGCAUGAAUUUGGUCAUAGUAUGGGUCUUGCUCAUUCAAGUGACCCUAACGCAUUGAUGGCACCCUUCUACGCUGGAUACAUUGCAAACUUCGUGUUACCUCAAGAUGAUAUAAACGGAAUACAAGCGUUAUAUGGACCCAAUCGAGAUAUACCGGCCCCUACUGCCCCACCGGUCAAUCCAGUGACGAGUGCGCCACCACCAGUUACAGCUAUUCCCAACCCUACCAUCGAGCCAUCAUUAUGUAGUAUGAAUUAUGAUGCCAUAUCGUUUCUUAGAACAGAGAUAUUCAUGUUCAAUGAUGAGGAUAUUCUACGCAUAGCUAUGCGUGGCAGCCUGGUACCUGGAUAUCCCCGUAAAAUAUCCGAUUUCUUUUCCACUCUGGAAGACAAUAUUGAUGCAUCCUACGAAAGAUAUGAUGGUACUAUAAUGUUUUUUAAAGGUGAUAGAUAUUGGGAAUUCAACGGAAAUAACGUUUUACCCGGAUUUCCCACCUCCAUAUUUAACCUCGGCGAUCUACCUAUCGACCUUGACGCAGCGCUGAAUUGGGGUGAUACCGGUUACACAUACUUUUUUAAGGGAAGUCAAUAUUGGCGCUACAAUGAACCAAGUGGACGUGUGGAUGACAAUUACCCAAGAAGCAUAGCGGCUGGAUGGCCUGGCGUCCCCGAUGACUUAGAUGCAGCAUUUAGAUGGCUUGAUGGAAAUACUUACUUCGUAAAGGGCACUCGAUACUGGCAGUUUGACGUCAGCCUGAACCAAGUAAACGAAACUAUUUACCCUAGAAAUUUUGGAGAGGAUUGGCUCGGCUGUGCUUCUGGUAAUCCAGCUUCUUUAACGAGUUACAGUAUACAUAUUGUCAUAGUUGCGUUCACUUUGGCAAAACUUCUACGAUUAUAAGAGCUACGAAAAGAGUCUUCUUUGAGAUGGACUCGAAUAUAUAAAUAUGUAUAUCCUACAUUCGCCUAUAUCAUAGUUCAGUAUACGUUCAACUUCAAGGAUCACCAGGUACUACACAGUAUUAAGAGGCAAAUAAUUAUGAAUACAUUAUAACAAUAUUCACGAACAGAUUGAAUGAACGUUAAUAGCCCACACACAUUUUUAAUGAUAUUGAUCGUGGAUGCCUUUGUUGGCAGUGCAGUAGAUAGUCACGUCUCCUAAUAACAUUUUUAAACUUCUGCUUAUCUGCGAAAGCCCUUGAAGUUUUGUCAGUUCCUCUUUCGAAGGAUUAGAAAUAAAUAAAAAAAUAAUAGCAUGUAAUGUAGCUUACAAUAUUAAUUGUACUGUAGUACGUCUGAUAUUCUUUAUUACUGAACAGCAAUUACAAGAACAUGAGACAAAUUUACAAAUUCGAUCCAAAGCAGAAAAGAAUCAGCAUAUUUAACAUGAUCCAGCAUAGGCCUAUAAUACUGUAUUCAAAGUUUCCUCAGUUUCAGUUUCGAAGUGAUUUCGGUAUCAAUAGAGGGCGCACAAUUAAGGUUCGCGUUUGUAUUGUCGAUAGUCAUGUUUUGAACAGUUUUGGCUACACACAGCAUCAUCAACAAUCUAAGAUAUUACAAAUAAUAAGACAACUGCGUCAUCAGUGGCGGAUCAAGAAGAGUGGGGACCCAUUGCCGCAAGUUUACAGAUAGACCACCAUCUCUAUCAUCAUUUUGAGCUAGUACAAAAUGUUAUGGCUUUGCCAGAUGGUCGGUUAGAAAACAUUUUGAACGUAUUUUUUUUUUUUAAACUCUAUUGUUGUUAUUUGUUUCUUAAAUUAAGAGUUGGAAACUCUUGUCCGACACUGAUCAUCAUAUUAACUUUUAGUUUGAGCUACUUCACAAUAUAUUUGCUACAUAGGCCUAUCAACAACUUUCGUGGUUCCAAAAACUCGUGCAUAUCAACUAUCAUUUUUCCCAUACCAAUGGAAUUGCCCUUUUAACAACAUAAUUAAUUCUGAUUCCGUACAAUUUUUUAAGAAGAAAUAAUCUUUAGGUUGUAAUUUCAAUGAUAUCUGUUUGUUUUGAUUGUGUUGUUGGGAAGGCCUUUACUAUUAGCAAGCGAUAUAUUAUCUCUCCUAGGCUCUGACAGUUAUUUCUUUUUGUCUUUUGUUCUUUUUUGCAAUGUUUGUGUUUUUGUAAUGCUUCUUUAUUAUAAACAUAGUAUCAAUUAUAUGAAAUAUUCCAGUUCAAAUAAAAGGAAUUGUUUAUCUUUGUAGAUUGUAAGUUACUGAAUAAUGUAAUAAUAUGGAUAGCCUAUUGCUGCCAUGAUUAGGAUGAAUUUUAUAUGAUUUGUCCUACCAGGGUAAUAAAUGUAGUAAUUAAAUGAAAA